ACCUGCUCUGACACCUGCCCCAAGCCCUGCUCUUUCACCUUCCCAAAGACCUGCCCUGAGACCAGCUCCGAGAUCUGCCCCAAGCCCUGCUCCUUCACCUUCCCAAAGACCUGCCCUGAGACCUGUCUGAAGACGUGCCCUGAGACCUGCUCUGACACCUGCACCAAGCCCUGCUCCUUUACUUUUCCCAAGACCUGCCCUGAGACCAGCUCCGAGAUCUGCUCCAAGCCUUGCUCCAUCACCUUCCCCGAGACCUGUCUGAAGACUUACUCUGAGACCUGCUCUGACACCUGCCCCAAGCCCUGCUCCUUCACCUUCCCAAAGACCUGCCCUGAGACCUGUCUGAAGACGUGCCCUGAGACCUGCUCUGACACCUGCACCAAGCCCUGCUCCUUUACUUUUCCCAAGACCUGCCCUGAGACCAGCUCCGAGAUCUGCUCCAAGCCUUGCUCCAUCACCUUCCCCGAGACCUGUCUGAAGACUUACUCUGAGACCUGCUCUGACACCUGCCCCAAGCCCUGCUCCUUCACCUUCCCCAAGACCUGCCCUGAGACAUGUCUGAAGACUUACUCUGCGACCUGCCCUGACACCUGCCUAAUACCGUGCCCUGAGACCAGUUCCAAAUCCAUAAUUAUUCCCCAUCAUUGUGGUACAGUUGCUCCCAAAGCCUACAGUGUUUAUGGCUGCGGUUUUGGCGGAAGGACUGGCAGACUGUACAACGGAGGACACGGUGAAAGAUUUGGUGCAAGAAUCAUGGCUGGAGGGUGCUAUGGAAGAGAUUAUGACUACCUCCAGAAGACCGAGAAGGCCACCAUGCAAAACCUGAAUGACCGUCUGGCAUCCUACCUAGAUAAGGUGCACUUUCUGGAGACUGCCAAUGCCACUCUGGAGAGGCAGAUUCGCGAGCACUAUGAGAAGAAGGGACCGGUCUGCCAGAGGGACUACAGUUGCUACUUUAAAACCAUUGAUUGCCUGAAGGAAAAGAUUAAAGAUGCUACCAUCAACAACGGCAAAAUCCUCCUGCGUAUCGACAACUCUAAAUUGGCUGCUGAGGACUUCAGGAUAAAAUAUGAGAAUGAGUCGUUGAUACGGCAGUGUGUGAAGGCUGACGUUGAUAACCUGCAUCGCAUACUUGAUAAGACAUGCCUGGCAAAGGCUGACUUGGAGAUGCAGACCUGCAAUCUGCAGGAGGAGCUGGUAUAUUUGAAGAAAAGUCACCAGGAGAAUGUGGCGGCACUACUGUGUCAGUUAACAAACACAAAAGUGUGUGUGGAAGUGGAUGCUGCUCCUCAACAAGACCUGAACAAGGUUUUGGACGACAUGCGGUGUCAUUAUGAGACCAUCAUUGAUAAACACUGCAGAAAACAGGAGUGUUGGUUCAAGGAGAAAAUGGCAGAUCUGUGUAAAGAUGCUGCCACCAACACAGAGUGUCUAGAAACCUCUAGAUCAAAGAUCUCAGAUUUGCGACGUACUUUGCAGUGCCUGGAGAUCGAGCUACAGUCUCAGAUCAGCAUGAAAGGAGCAGAGGAGUGCUCACUGUUGGAAACAGAGGCUAGGUAUAGCACUAUGCUAGCUGGCUUUCAGAAGCAUAUCAACUCAUUGGAGGCAGAGCUUUGUCAGGUGCGCUCUGGCAUUGAGCAGCAGGGCAGAGACUAUGCUGUACUGCUGGACAUCAAGAGCCGUCUGGAGCAGGAGAUCGCCACUUACAGAUGCCUCCUGGAAAAUCAGGGCGUUCAGACUCAAGCACAGGGUGAGGGUUUGUGUGUACAACGCCAGUCUAAAAAGUAGUCAAGUGCAAUAAUAAACAAAUGUAAACAAAGAACUGUAACAAGGUUAUAAUGCAACUGUAUUAAACAUUCUGUAUUGACAGUCUUACAAUUCACAAUUAAAGACCAGUUGGGAAACAUA